CACAGAAUACACGAAAGAUGCCCAAAGAUAACAUACCGUCACUGGGAAGCUUGCUAACUAUCUACAUAUAAUUGCGAUAGUUUGCUGUUUUUCUUCAACAAUUCUUUUGGAUAUUUUAUUUGUUUUGUUUAUUCCAGUUAAGGACAUGAAAGUUUUUAGACAUCAGGAUACAAAGAACGUGUGGAUCCCUUCUGCUUGAGCAGCCCUAUUACAACCACCUGGCUGGGGCAGAGGGAGAUCCAAUGAAUUGACGGACAUCAACAACCCUGAUUUCACAUUUCUUUUUUACCAAUCAGCAAUCAGUGUGACUCAUCUCUUCCAACGUGGAUACAAUGCCCUGACUCCAUAGCAAUGGAGAGCUUCAUCUUGUCUAAAGGUUGGGUGGUGACGCCCCAAACCUGGAGUAACAGCAGGUGUCUGGUUCUAGAGCUGACAGUGCUGGUUACAUUGAUCAGUGCUGGCACAUCUUUUGCAGCAGCAGAUGGGCCUUCAUUGGGUCCUGCCAUAUUGAAAGACUUUCUUGAGGGAUCAUCAAGCUGGACAGAAUCACCUUUAGCCUUACCAGUUCCACACACAAAGGCCUCUGAAAAGUCAGUCCACACCACUACCACCGCAGUUCUGCCCUUACUGGGAGAUGCUGGGGUCUCCCAGGACCGCCUCCCCCCUUCUCAAGACUCGUCAUCUGGGGACUCCCUCCCCCUCAGCCCUGUGCCUCUCUCCUCUCCCCCUCUACACCCCUCACAGGCAGCCGAGGGCUCCGUGCAACCAUGGGGAGGCCUUGCUAGACUGGCCAGGGAUGUGAAGCUGACUGGCUAUGGGUCCAACUCCACCCUGCCUCCCUCCACUACAAACCCUGUUCCUACCCCAGAUCAGCAGCUUCUUCAUGCAAAGUUCAGCAACUCGUCCAAUCCCACCCAGAGUCUCUCCACCAACUUUGGGACCUUAUCCCCACACCGUCCUGUCCCACUCUCUGACCAGAGCACCGCAGACCAACGACCACCCAGCAACCAGCACGACCAAUCAGAUCAUGUCAGUCCACUCGCACCCCCCAGCUUACCCACUGACGAGUCCAGCUCAGUCUAUCUGGAUCCCAGGCCCUCCAUGGAGCCAUCCAGCAGACUACUUGACCUUACCCAGCAUAGCCCCAGCAGGGAAUCCAUGAUGCAGCAGGACUCUGCCCAGGGCACCCACCUGCUGCUGGAGCCCCCUGUCAGGAGGCUGGACCCCAGCUUCCUGCCUCUACUCAACCCCCAAACCAUCUCUUCCACCUCCUUGGUUGAGCCCACCCUGGUCCCCCCGGAUGACUUUUUCCCCACCAGCACCAUGGAGGUAGACUGGGGGUCCGGGGAUUACCCGGAACCAAUGUCCUUACUGCCUGGAGACCAUGAUAGUGAUAGCUACAGCAUGGUGACCACCCUGCCCUCAGACAUGUUUGACUUGGAUGACUCUGAAGACACGGAGAGCUACGACACCUCUUUCCCUUCCAGGGUGGGCGUGUCCCCUUCCUCCAGGCACCACCUGUUGAUUUCCCCCAGUCUGACCACAGCCUACAGCUCCAGUAUGAGGAGCGCCCCUCCUACCGCCCUCCAUCCCCUGUCGUCCUCCAUCCCUCCGUCCCCCCAACCCUCCCUCACAUCCAGUCACCCCAGGCUGGAGCCCACGGCAAACCCCCAGAGCGAGGAAAGCUCAGGUGUCGACUGGUCGGACGCCUUCACCGUGGAACCCACAGACGUGCUCCUGCCGGACAUGAACAGUCUGGAGUACGUCACCACCCAGAUGACCAAGGACAACUCCAGCUCAGCUGAACACAGGGGCAACGUGACCACGUCCAAGAUCUCCUCCCUCGUCUCCAUCAGUUCCACUCACAUUCUGGCCACCAGCACCUUACCUGUGGACCCCAGCCACCUGCCGACGGCGUCCUACAACGGAACCGCAGAAGGAGCCGAUAACUCCACCUGGGUCGAGGAAGGGGCAUCCAGUGACCCCACAGGGUUGGAGCCUUACGACACUGCCAUAACAGACCCCCCAGGGGUCACAGUGACGCCCCGGUCGGGGAACGUUUCCGUGGUGCUUCUGGAACCUUCUGUAGCUCCGACCCCCUCGAUGAAUCACUCCAUCUGGGAUGAGGGAGUGCCCUCGGGUGAUUGGUCUAGCCUCGUGACCCCGACUCCGUCGGUGGACCUGGAAAUCAGCUCGCUCGUACAGUCUGUUGUGCCCAGUGUUACGCAGCCCUCUGACGAUGUCACAUCCUCUUCUUCUCUGACAGACAUCCUGUGGUAUGUCUCUUCAACCGUGUCCGAGACUAUCAUGCCCACCUCCACUCCUGUCCUGUCCUCCUCUAUGGCAUUCAGUCCAUCCUCUGUAGACAUGUUCCAAAACAUCACCUCAGCACCCACCGAGCUAUCCCACAACACCACGUCCGUGCCCCCUGUGACAGCUGUCAUGGCCGACCAGGGCAUGACAACAUUCGAUGGCCUUGUCCCAGCUUGGACUAACGACAGCCUGACUACUGUUGACGUCACCACGGCUACCACCUCGUCUCCUGUGCCUACUACUGAGGCUGCUACUACUGUUGCUAUGACUACUCAGACGAGCACGACUGCCACCGAGGCCUCGAGCACCCCGACCUCCACCGCCAAGACCACGCCCCCGCGGCCCUACCUCUGUGAGGUCACCAAGCCGGAGUUCCUCGUCAGGGUCGGCUUUCCGUCUGGGGCCACAGUGGGCUAUGCCAAAUUGCAGGUCAGAGAUAUCCUGAAGAGCCGGUUCAACAGAUCCCUGGAGCUGCAGGUGGUGGAACCCCCUCCCAGGUUUGUGUUCCGGGCAGUGUCAGGCCCAGUCGUCUACUCAGCGAUAUCUGUCAUCAACGCUCUGCGCCAGUCUGGCCGUCGCUUCCUCUCCCUCGCACCCAAUUGGCCCACACCAGACCGCCAGUACCAGGUCCACUCUGUGUUGCAGUUUGUACCCAGCCACAUAGACGUGCGUGUGUGCAACUUCAGCCAGCGCAUCGAGAAAGGCCUGACCAUGGCCUACGCCAAGGUCCGCCGCCUCGCACAGGAAUCCACCAACUUCACCGUGCAGGUGGUGAACAUCACGCUGGGGCCGAGUCCUCUGGCUCAGGCCCGGCAGCAGAGGGAGCAGGUGGACAUCACCUUCGCCGUGAGCGACGCCAAUGGCUACGUGCAAGGGUCGGAGGUCAGCAACCUCCUCCGGAAGCUCAACAUGGUGGAGUUCAGCUACUACCUGGGCUUCCCUGUGCUGCAGAUAGCAGAGCCUGUCCACUACCCAGAGUUGAACACCACCCUGCUGCUCCGCUCCUCCUGGGUCAGGACAGUGCUCCUGGGUGUGCUGGAGCAGGGUGUGGAGGAGAGGGCCUUCCAGGUGAAGAUGGAGCGUCGCCUGGCCCAGAUACUGGAGGAGGUGCUGGGGUCCGCCCGACGCACAAGAAGAGCCACCAGCGGAGGAAACAACAGUGUCCAGAUGGUGCGGACGGCCAGACUGGUGGGUCCAGACCAACCUCUAGAGAUGGUCUACUUUGUGGAGGGUCCUAGCGGAGAGAGGCUGCCUGCUGUCACCACGGCAACCAUGCUGAACAGCCUGGACGUCCAGAGGGCAGCCAUCGUCCUGGGUUACCGCGUGCAGGGCAUCCUGGCACAACCUGUGGAUAAAGUGGCCUCCCCUCCCUCGGACAACGAGAACACCAACCUGUGGAUCGUCAUCGGCGUGGUGGUGCCUCUCAUCGUGGUCACCGUCAUCAUCUCCAUCCUCUACUGGAAGCUCUGCCGCACGGACAAGCUGGAGUUCCAGCCGGACGCCAUGACCAGUGUCCAGCAGAGACAGAAGGUUGAAGGGAAAGCCCUUGACCACCCUCCUCGCCUGCCCCCCCCCCUCCAGCAGCUGCAGACGCCCAGCGUGAAGGGCUUCGACUUCGCCAAGCUCCACCUGGGCCAGCACAGCAAGGACGACCUCAUGGUGAUCCAGGAGCCCGGCCCCCCGCCCCUCUCCUCCAAGGAGGCCGCCAGCCCCCAGGGCGGGGAAGUCCCCGCCCCCAGGUCCAAGAACUCCUCCUCCUUCCAGACCAAGGUGUCCCGCAGCGCCCGGAGACGGGGGAGGAUCUCCCCGUCGGACGGUGACUCUGUGGUAAGCGACCGCUCCAGUGAGAGGGACUCGACCGAAGACAACCGGAGAGGCGUGGCCUCGCCAAGCGACGGCAGACACACCCGCAAGGUCCCCAUCAAUGUUUUAAAUGGUCCUCCUCCUCUGAACGGCCACGCAAACGAGCAGCUCUCCUCAGCCUCCAUCUUCGAACACGUCGACCGGAUGUCCCGCCCCCCCGACGGCACUCGGAGGCCGACCAACAAGAUCCAGCUCAUCGCCAUGCAGCCCAUGCCCCUCCCGCCCCUCCAAGGCCCCAUGACCAAUGGCAAAGUGCCUGACCGCAACGUCAUGAACAAGGAGAUCCAGGUGGCGUUGAGGCACAAGUCCGAGAUCGAGCACCAUCGUAAUAAGAUCCGCCUGCGGGCCAAGAGGAAGGGCCACUAUGACUUCCCCGUCAUGGAGGACGCGGCGGGGGGGCCGGACCAGGAGCAGGACCGCCUCUACCACAAGGCCCAGCAGCAGAUCGACAAGAUCCUGGACCCAGACAUCCACAUCCCCUCCUUCUUCACCGAGCACAGUAAAAGUGGGCGGGGGAAGCGCUCUCCCAAGCAGAGGAAGAAGCUGAACGGGGGCCUCUCGGACGCAGACAAGGACCGGCUCAUCUCCAACGACAGCGACGGAACCUACCGGAAACACCCUGGAGUCAGCAAUGUAGCCUAUGUGUUGGACCCUGACCAGGUCCCUGAGCCCAGAAGCCCCUCCCCUCUGGACGACGUGUUCCUGGGCUCCACCACGUCCCCCCCGGGUCACGCCCCCCCUCUCCCACCCUACAUGCCCCCCCAGCCGACGAUCGAGGAGGCGCGGCAGCAGAUGCACUCCCUCCUGGACGAUGCCUUCGCCCUGGUCUCCCCCACCUCCCAGGGGAGCCCCUCUGGCAUCACCCUCCCCGGGGGGGGGCUCUGCACCAACCCCCCCAGCUCCAGCCCACCCGCCCGUGGCCCCCGGCCCUGGCCCCCCUCCUACCCAGGCCUCGGCCCCUAUUCUGGGAGGUACGCUGACCUAGGGCUGUCCCCUCCAUCAGUCCAAGGCCUGCUACACAGGCAGGGUCUGGGAUCUGGCUACCUCCCCCCAGGUGACGCUGCUGGGCCAGGCGAGGGCCUGCAGCCAGACAGCCUGUACACCAGUAGGGCCAUGCACCCUGACGACCUGCCCUCCUCCGCCAGGCCUCGACCUGUAGGGGGCUCCGCAGGUGCCCAGCUCCAUCACCUCACCCAGGUGGGUCUGUCCAGCCGGAUCAACGGCUACGCAGGGGGCAGCAGGCCCCCCCCGGGGCAGAACGGAGGCACAGGCUGGAACCCCUACGAGGAGGACUUCCCCAGGCUAGGACCCUCCAGGGAUGCUACCUCCAGGUCAGCGCCCUCGGCCCCCCCGGGCCAGCCGGACCCCCCCGGCCUGGGUUACCCCCCCUCCUCUGCCGCGGAGCACUCCUCCCCCCCCAACCACUCCUCCGCCUCCCUCAUCAAGGCCAUCAGGGAGGAGCUGCUGCGCCUGUCCCAGAAACAGGCAGCCGUGUCCAGCUACCACAGCUGAGAUGCUCCCCCACCCCCGCCCUCUCUCCCUGGAGCCCCCUGGUCCUCCGGACCAAAACACCAGUCACACCACCACUCUCUUCCUGCCUGCCUGUCUACCUGUUCCAGCCAGCCCAGCCCAACAGUACAAUACUUCCCAUGGAAGUCCCAGAAAAACAGGCUAACCCAGAAGAUGGACUGGUCAACUGGUGGGUGUAGCAGGUUGAACCAGAGCGAUGGUAACUCCACCAAGUCACUGAGCAGCCAGCGGAGGGUGACAGGAUCCUAAGAGGUGUCAGCAGCGUGUGAACUGCCCUCCAGGUGUAGCCUCUGGUUCUGAGACUGACCCAGGCUGACGUCCCGCUGAAGGACAACACUGAAUCCGUUACAGUGUACUGGACCAAGAGGCCAUGGAAGCAGAUAAUGGCACCACAUCCUGCAUCCUGCAUCCCUGCCAAACCCCGCCCCCCAUAGAUACCUUAGGUUGUUGUUUUCUGAUUUGAAGUGUUGCCGUUUUUAUUUCUUCACGCUCUUUCCUGUUUUUAACCUGCCGUGUAUGGGCUGGGUGUCUUGAACAUCGUGGUGUUAACUCUCACGCUGCCUUUCAUGUGUGAACAUUGUCUCACAGCAGUAUGACAGCAGGAAGCCCAGCAGUAUUACUGAACUGGAAACACCAUCAACCUUUACACUGUUACUUCCCCCUCUCUACCAUGCAGGUAUUUGACACAGCCCUGGGAUAUUGUGAAUGCGUUACAGUGAGUUUCAGGGCCGGUUAGGUGAAGGUUAGAGGUGUUGGUGGACUUGGCUUCCUCCGUCGUCCCCUCCUCUGGUGCUAUCUUCUACUCUGCUUCACGUUCGCUGCCAUGAGCCACCCGAUGCCUUGUGUCCCGCCGGCCCAGACAGUAAGAGACAUGCCACGCGAGAGACGAAGCUGACUAGCCCUACCUGCCUCUUGAACAGUCUGGGUACCACCGCUCUCUUGGGGCUAAAGGCAGAGUCUUGGGCUCCCUUGUGGAGGGCCAGCGUUCCAGGCUGGACUCGUGCAGAGACUACAGACUGCAGUACACCUCGACCACUUCCGUUCACGUCUUUAGCAGUGCAGGAGCAGCAUGAGGAUGAGUAGUGUUAGAACGCCGUCCUGGUUCCCAGCAGUAUUCCAGUGUUUAGUGGCUGAUGCAGUCUGGUCAGUGUUUGUUUCACUGACCAGGAGAAGAGACAUGGGGUCUUUGUACUGUACUUUUGUUCACAGUUGACUGUAAACUACGUUUUUGUUUUUUUUGUGCUUUUGAAUUUAUUCGUAUUCAAUCUCGCCUCUUCUGAUGAUUCUUUGUGUGUUGUUGCAAUCGUUUUUGUUUGUUGUUAAUAUACUUUUUACUGACAGGAACUUGCCCACGCGUUGUGAUGUUUUUGGGGACUGAAGUGAUAUUUUAUUUAAAUUCAAGUAUUGAUUUUGAAAUGCAGGAUUUGGAUAACACAUGAAAGGAUUAACCUACCUGAACUGGACACAGACUGGACACUAGACAGUAGCCAGACCCACGCGCACAUGAGAUCCACCCAGGGGGGAGGGAGUUACUGGACAGGAAGCAGACAGGUAGCAGACAGGAAGCCCUCCUCAGCAUGGCUCCUGAUCCCUCCUAUGUGCCUUAUGGACUGGAAGAUCUCAACCCUCUCCUGCUGUUGGGUAGGAUCCUCUGCUGCGACCAGUGUAGCACUCGCUAACCAAGCUUGCAGAUCAAACACUGGCCCUCUGGAGUUGAAGGUUCCCGCUGCUACAGUGUGGCCGUGUUUCCUGACCAGUCUAUUGAGGAUGUCCGCUCUUGCGGUUGUGUCUAAGACCAAGACUAAGUGUGUGUGAGAAACAGGGCCUUAUUUGGAGUCUACUGUGGGUUCGAUAAGUGUUCUUUGUUGGUUUCGAGGUGGCUUGAUUUAUUUCACACUGUAUGCCUCCCCCUGCUGGUACUGUAACAACACUGCAAGUCCAUCGAAUCAACCAUGUGCUUUUGUGUUUAUCCAUUUUGGAUUUGUUCCGUUUUUGUGUGAAGUCGACACGUUGGCUGGCCCAACCUUUUAUGUGAUCAAUGUUCCUGCAUGUUUUCAAUCACGUUAGCCUUUUUUGGGGGUCUUUUUGUGUGUGUGUGUUGGGCAUGAUGUUGAAAAUACACAUGAAGCCCGUAACGGAUGGGUCUCAACGUAGAGUCAUCAGUGCUGUGUCUGAACGACAUGGCUCGAAUGUCUCUCCUCACUUCAUCUGCCUCCAUGCCACUCAUCUCUUCUCUCUGGGGACGGAAGUACCUGGAACAACCAGCAGGCGGCGCCAUAUCACAAGACCACGCUUCCCCGUCAACCGCUCUUUCCCUGACGACCAAGACAGACAAAAGACCACUCCCCCUCGGCUGGUGAUGUCAUAUUUAGCCCAGUAUAAGCGUGUGUUCAUGCAUGCGAGCAGGACCCUGCUGAGUCUGUGGGUAGUUCUACCCUCUUAACUAACUAAACGACAAGGUCCAAUGUAAUCUGGUUGUCAUCAAAAUGAUAUGAUAUUUCAAUGAAAGGGAACCAUUCCUUAAUAAAUCUAAAGCUAUGAUUUAA